AUGGCAGGCGAGAAGCUUAAAGAGCGUGUGCUUUUGAAGGGAGAAGCGGGAGGUGGUGUGGCAGCAGCGGGUGCAGAGGAGAAGGCAGCAACAGUUGCUGAGGCUGUAGGUGAUUCCAGAGCCUUUGGAAGGCUGUCAAGGUGUGUGUUGGCAGCAGAGCGAGGGGGAGAGGGGGGAGGGCAGGGGAGUGCAGCAGGGGAUUAUUGCCUCCAUGGCAAGCCGUUUGAAGAGUCGUGCCACGUGGAGGCGGUGCUUGGAUUCCUCCCCCCACCAGCACCACGCUCCCCGUUCCCCUUAAAGCAAAAGGGCCAACUUCCCGCCCUUCCUGCCCUUCCUCCGCUUCCCCUGCCUUCUCCCCCGCUUCCCUCCUCCCCGCUCCGCACGCUGCCCCCGCUUCGUUCCCCUGCCCCAUCCCCCACUGCUUCCACCCAUGAUGUCGAUGUGGCGGACGCGCGCGGGGUUUUGAGACGUCUCAAAAGUCGUUCUGCGGGAAAGGGCUGA